AUGACAUCCCAGGCAUACGAAGUCGCGCUCUUUGCGGACUUCUUCGCGCAGGACCUCCCAGCCAUCCUGAACCGAUUCACCCUGCACAGCGAGUCCGCGCACCGGAUGCACGCACGCGAGGUCGUGUUCGAACCCUUCGACGCGCAAAACCAGCGCGACGCGGGCACGGAGCCCGUGCUGCUCCGCGCGCGGCGCGAACUUCUGGACCCCGAUUCCCAGUGGGUGCUGUACUCGUACUUGAAGCCCGAGUCGGUGCGCGUGCACCCAGAAGCGACCGUGCGGCCGUGGGCGACAUGCCAGAUCGCGGGGGACGCCCUCACGUUUGCGUCGGCGUUGGGAUACAUGCAAGUCCGCUCCAUAUCUGCGCACCGGCGGUCCCAGAUCUACAAAAGAGGAUAUGUGUUCCGCCGCGGUAGUUUGGUGAUCCAGAUGUUCCAACAAGAGCAUGCGGAUCCGAAGACGGGGAAGCCGAUGCCCGCGCAUGUGGAUACGCUUUGGGAGGUUGAAGUGAAGACGGCGGCACCGGUGCGCAACACGCAGCAAACACCGCUGAGCCGGUCUUUGGACGCGGUCCUCGAAGUUCAGCUGCUGAUGAAAGGUCUUCUUGAUUUGAGGCGACAAGAUGUAUAG